GCCCCGCCGCCGGGCGCGGGCUGCAGCCGCCGCCGAUGCCUUUGUAGGCGCCCAGAUAACCAGUUCAGGAUGUCGAUACUGGAGCGCCUUGAGCAGAUGGAGAGGAGAAUGGCGGAAAUGACGGGCUCCCAGCAGCACAAGCAAGGAGUAGGAGGCGGGAGCAAUGGGAGUGGGAAUGGAGGAACACAGGUGCAGUGCGUUUCUGGGACUGGAACCUUGGGCAGCUGCUUUGAGAGCCGCGUGGUGGUGGUGUGUGAGAAGAUGAUGAGUCGUGCUUGCUGGGCAAAGUCCAAACACUUGAUCCAUUCAAAGACUUUCCGAGGAAUGACGCUGCUCCACCUAGCUGCUGCCCAGGGCUACGCUACGCUGAUCCAGACCCUCAUCAAAUGGCGCACCAAACACGCAGACAGCAUUGAUCUGGAGCUGGAAGUUGACCCUUUGAAUGUGGAUCAUUUCUCCUGCACCCCCCUGAUGUGGGCAUGUGCCCUGGGCCACAUGGAUGCAGCUGUUGUGCUGUAUAAGUGGGACCGCCGAGCCAUCUCUAUUCCUGACUCCCUUGGGAGGCUGCCGCUGGCAAUUGCCCGCUCUCGGGGCCACGUGAAGCUGGCAGAAUGCUUGGAGCAGCUGCAGCGUGAUGAGCAAACUCAGCUUGGACAGAACCCCAGAAUUCAGUGCCCCUCGAGCACCGACUCCAGCACAGAAAGCUGGGUGUCCCAGUGGCACAGUGAGCUUAUUGCCUCUCAAGAGCCUCAGAAGGGAGUCACUGUGAUUUCCAGUACCAACACGGAGCUGAGACGACCAAGAUCAGAACCUUCCAGUUACUACAGUAGUGAGACUCAGAAAGAUUACCCUGCACCCAAAAAACAUAAGCUGAGCCCUGAAUAUUUUCAAGCCCGGCAAGAGAAGCUGCUUUCCACUGCACUGAGCCUGGAACAGCCAAGUGUCAGGAAGCAGAACUCCAGCUCCAAGCAGUCCACCACUGAGACAAUCAGCCCCAGUGAAGGGAUAAGGGACUAUGGCCGGGAGCUCUCCCAGCACAUCCCAGAAGCAGCUGGAUACCGGGGUUCUGGCAGCCAAGCGGGCAUCAAAUGGAACCCAAAAGACAUUUAUAUUGGUGUGUCUGCAGUGCAGUUGGUGGGGAGCCAGAAGAGCGCUGCGCUGGGGAAGGACGCUGUGGGCCAUCGGCUACGCCAGCGAGAGCAGAUGAAUGUGCUGAUGUUGGCUGACAGGGAGUUGGUGGAUGCAGAGCUCUUGUCCUAUAGGGACAGUGUAGGGGAUGAGGACUGCUUACGCCACAUGGAUGACUUGCAGGUGAACAUGAUGACACUUGCAGAGCACAUUAUUGAAGCUACGCCUGACAGGAUCAAGCGGGAGAAUUUUGUGCCAAUGGAGUCACCGCAGGUGGAGAGAGCAGAGAGUGCUGCCAUGAGCACCACGAUGAGCUGGCUGGCCAGUUACCUUGCUGAUGUCGAUCAUCUGCCGAGUGCUGCACAGAUAAGAAAUCUGUAUAGUGAACCCUUGACCCCUUCUUCAAACACCAGCUUGAGCCCUGCAGGCUCACCCGUCAGUGAAAUAGCUUUUGAGAAACCCAGCCUUCCUUCGGCAGCAGACUGGUCUGAAUUUCUGAGUGCAUCCACCAGCGAGAAGGUAGAAAAUGAGUUUGCACAGUUAACUCUGUCUGAUCAUGAGCAGAGAGAGCUCUAUGAAGCUGCCAAACUCGUCCAGACAGUCUUCAGGAAAUAUAAGGGUCGUCCACUCCGGGAACAGCAAGAGGUGGCUGCUGCUGUCAUUCAGCGUUGCUACCGAAAAUACAAACAGUAUGCACUUUAUAAAAAGAUGACGCAAGCUGCCAUUCUUAUCCAGAGCAAAUUCCGAAGCUAUUAUGAGCAGAAGAAAUUCCAGCAGAGCCGACGGGCCGCGAUGCUGAUCCAGCAGUACUACCGCAGCUACAAAGAAUGUGGGAAGAGGAGGCAGAACCGUCGGACGGCCACCAUUGUGCAGCAGAAACUCAGAAGCAGUCUGCUUACCAAGAAGCAGGACCAAGCUGCUCGCAAGAUUAUGCGGUUUUUACGACGCUGCCGCCACAGGCUAUUUCAGCUCUCAGAGCAACAGGUAACUUGCCGGAAAAGACUUCCCUGGCUCCUGCACCCUGUGCGUUACACCGAUCUUCAGCAUUGCCAGAACUUACUGCUGUAAAACUCACAGAUUCAUUAAACAUUUCCCUGGCUGGGCAUUAUGGAGUCAGUUUGAUGAAGCAGCUUUGUGUUACGCUUUACCCAUGAAGCCAUUGUUUGCUGUAAUUCUUUGUAAGUAGGCCUAAUUCAUCUGCUGACGCACUCCCAUAUGAGACUCGGGAGGGCACGUGGGGAGAGAAGCUGCUGCUCGCUUCUGGGGCUGCUUUCCACAUUGCUUCAGCACGUAAUGAUGCAACGUCCUUGUGGUGCCCGAGGAAGUCCCACUGCUCAGAGGGCAGAGGCUUGGUCUGACAGAGCUGUGUGGAGUGGGACAUAGCUCUCCAGUGUUGAGCUCAGAGGUGAAAUCAUCUUCUUGUCCCCUCUCGUGUGUCAGCGCCAUGGCUGUGAUUCGGACCCCUUAGCAGUCACCCUCUCUAUUGCACGUGCUUUUUUCUGUCCAUCUGCUCUUCAGCGAUUGCUGAGGGAAUGACUUUGUACUUCAGAGAUGCUUACAUCUAGAGAAAGUUUGUUUGAGGAGGUUUUUGCUGACUGCUUCCUCACUGCAAAAACGAAAGUGCAGUCCUUGUAAUUCUGUGCAUGGUUCUAGUGGCUAUUGAAGUGAGGUGGUACUUCUUGUUGGGGACAGCCGCAGCCCGGUGCCCUUUCUGGUGUGCUCUGGCUUGCACUUGAACUCACCACCAGUCCUCGUGCAACAGGAGGUGCUUUAGAAGAGAUCCAAACUGGUGCCUAUGAACGUCUGCUGAGAUCUGUAUGCCAUCUGUCAGCACGUGGCCUGCUGGUAUGAUGUGCUCUCAGCUCUCUCACUUUCCUGUUAUUAAAACAAACACAAAGUUUCACAAUUAGUCUGCCAAACAAGGCUGAAAUGUCUUCUCUGAGAACAUUCUUCUUUUCUGCAGUAGUCUGCACUGUUCUGUAAAAUCUAUUAGUGUGCUUUCCCUUGGAGUACUUUAUUAAUGCUUGUAACUCCAAGUCCUACACUUUGGCCUUGUUCCUUUAUCUGAAUUUUGAGAGUACAGAUACAGGAGGCAAGGUAGAUUGCCUUCCAACAUGCAGGCAGUGCUAUGCUGCUCACUUAAAAGCUGUCCUAACAGCACUUCAUCAGUGUAUUUUUAUUUUUAAGGGUCCUGCCUUGUCCAGAGCUAUUUCCCCUGUCAAGUUUUAACUGCACUUGAAAAUGCAGGAGGUUUAUUAUGCAGAGGAUUAACAAAGAGGAGAUGCUAACCCCAGGCUCAUGUUGACACUUGAUACUGCAGUAACAAAAUCAAAGCGAAGAUCUGAGUAAAGAACUACUUUAAGUUCCACUCUCGCUGUGCUAUGCUGCAGUUUCUCAGCAGAGCAGCACUGCCUCAAACCUGCAGCCAGAAGAGGGGAGAGCAACUCAGGGCAUCCCUGGAUCUUACUCCGCAGAGUGAGGAGGAGGGAACACCAGCCACAGGCUGCAGGUCUUCCUGCAUGCUGCUGGUGCAGUGGGGAAAUAAAGGACUCCUGGUACCUAUCUGCACUCCCAUUAGAGCCCAAUUCUGUUUACUGCACACAGAGGUUAGUUUAAUUAAAAACAGAUGUAGUAGCUUAAUAAGUUGGGAUGGUCAUCAUCCUGAAGUUUAUAAAUGCGGUGGAAUUCAUAGAUUCUUUCAAGCCAUUUUAUACUGGGCUGCAUCUGUCAGUGGUGGUACACGUGACAAAUUUUCAAAGGCUGUAACUGCACGGUAGGGAAAUUCAAUACUAGUAUGUGAGUGGGUUUUUAAGCAAUAAUUAUUGCACUUGCAGAAUUUUUAUCAGCCUGAAAAUCUGUAAAUCAACGUAAAACACAUUUAACCAAGGAAAGCGUUGUAUGUUUCUCAACAGAUCUGUGCUAGUGCAAAUGUUGAGUGUAAUGGUAACUUGUAAUACAGUAACUAGUAAUAUAGUAUAGCUAUAAUAACUCGCCUUGGCAUGUAUGUUCCAGUUAAAUAGAUCCAGUAGGUCUGCACCAGUACAGAUAUUGCAUGCUGUAGGUUAAAGUUUGCAGCAAAGCAUGUCUUGCAUUCUUCCUGCAAAAAUGCUUUGUUAGCGUAGACUUUGCAUGUUGAAGUGCUAAAGUGAGGUGUAGCAUGUCUCAAUGAAAGAGCCACUAGCUUAAAUAAUGUGCAUGUUCUCAGUAAGAGAUCUACAAUAACUGCUUAAUUUUACAUUGCAGUACUGAAGUGCAACAGAAAACACUUGGAAGUUGCACUGCUAACCAUGCAUUAAUAGAUGGUAUCUUGAACAGAUGUAUAGUUAAUCUAAACCUUAACAAUGGACUACUGCCCAGAGGCAGGUGUUUUUCUAGUACAGCAAUUACCUUGAUGCAAUUUCUGUUUCUAAGUGGUGCAGCAAAAGAAACAUUACAGAUUUCAAAGGAGAGGCUGCUUUUCUAUUAUAAGAAAACUAAAUAUACUGAAGAUGGUCAAAUUGUCUUGGUGAACGUUUUCAGUUCACUGCACCAACUCUCAUAUGUUUACUGUAGUUGAAAGGAUGAUGUGGACUUACCAGCAGGUAACACCAUAACACAUCACAGCCCCCUGGAGGCAAGCAGGGCCUUGCUGUCUUCUGUGCAGUGCUGAAGCCCUCGCCCAGAGCUCUGAUGUCUGCAGGGUCUUUUAGAUGCCAGCUUGUGCAGAGCCACAAUUUCCCUGUAGAAAACAUCACUGUGAAACUAGGAGGAACUGAGGCUCAGCACAGCACUGCCCAAGUAGGCAGUCAGAGCACAUGGUGCUGCUUGCUGCCUUGCCCUUUCUUCUGCUGGGAAAUCAGAGCAGUUCUUGGCAUCUCAGAGAGCUGUACUGAGGCUUCCUCUCUGCCAGACGUGGGUUUCAGGAGUGGCAGGGCCUCUUGAAGGUAGAUCUGCAGGCUCUGAGAAUGGCGCACACAUCUGGACUGACAGAACCCUCUGUCUUUCCAGGCAUGAUAUUCUCAAGCAGCGUGAGAUAACCAGCAAAGGUCUGACCUUGCUUAUAUCAGUGUGAUUUGUUCAUGGGCUCCUAUUUCCUCAAGUUUCACAAGCUGAGUGUCUGUGAGUGCUGGAGCUGUCGGUGAGCUCAGAGUUAAAGCAGCCAGCUCCUCCUGACUGCUGUCGUAUAUACAGAAAGAUAAAUAAAACAGUGACACGAAGGUCAGUUCACACCCUGAGCAAGCUGGUAGAAGAGCCAGAAGAUAACAUAUGAGUGGAAGUCUGCUUAAAGAGGCUACAAACGGACAUUUCUGCAGCUUAGCUCUCCUGAUACCUCUUAGUGUCUAAUUUAUAUUUACUUAGCCUUCACUAAAUUUGUUUGCUUUUAAUUGGAUUCUGUUACAUGGAUUUGCAGCCCCAAUGUGAUUCUGUAUACCGUACCUUUGUUACCUGUGCUUUCAAGUUGUAACUGGAGUAAUUGGGCACAUACACGCCCAGCUAAAUCACCUUAAUUUAAGCUGUCUUCUGCUCCCUUAGGGGUGGGCGUCCCCUUGCAGGGCAGGAGGAAAGGCAGAGGAAGCAGGCAGGGCACAGGGUGGCUCCAAGGAAGGGAGCUGUGAGCUGCAGAAGCUGAGCAGCCUGCCCAGCUCUGCCACACCGCCUUCAGGUACAGGGGCUGCCAGUUUGGUUGGGCUCCUUUGCUGACAUGCAUACCACAGCAAUGCUGGAAUGAGAGCACGUUAGCUCAGUAGCUGGAAAUUAGGUUAUAUGUCCAAAUGUGUUUUGUCUCAGAUUUCUGCUGUCCCACUCUUGCGCUUCCAACUGUUUAUGGUGUCAGCAGCAUACGGCCCUGCUGCCAUUGCUCUGAGAGUUGUCUCUUUUGUACUGGAAGAUAGAGGGAGGAAUGGCUUUGAUUUUUUCUGUAUUGAAGGCUUUUUGGAUUAGAAGUGUUAUAUAGCUCCUCUUUGUUUUUUCAGAGUGAAAGAAUUGAAAAAGGCCAAGGAACUUGAAGAUAAGCAGCAGCAUCCCGUAGCAAUGUGACAUUGCUUCUCAG